CUGAGUUCUUUCUGUCCUCUCUGAGGCACCAGAAGAAGUCUACAAACUGGAGAGAACAGGAGAUGGAGAAAACAAAUGGAAAAGAGGCCUUUGCUCUGACCACUGUGGAGACUGGCAUAGAGAACCCAGGGCUGGAACUCACGGAAGAAGGGAUAAGUCCGGAGAGAAGCAAGAGGACUGAAGAACGAGGACACAGCCUUAGGGGUGGAUUAGAACCUCCCACACAACUGAGGAGGACCCUACAGCCUUUCACCAGGGCAAGAAGUUUCUGUAAAACACAUGCUGGCUUGUUCAAGAAGAUCCUGCUGAGCCUGCUGUGUUUGGCUUACGCUGCCUACUUCCUGGCAGCUUGCAUCUUGGAUUUCCAUAGAGCACUGGCCUUGUUCGUCCUCACCUGUUUGGUGCUUUUGGUCCUGGUUCACCGCUUUCUGAAAAGGCUCUUUGGUGAAAAAUUGACGAGAUGUCUCAAGCCCCUUGAAAACUCCCGCCUGAAGUUUUGGAUGAAAUGGGUGUUGGCAGGAGUCUCCUUGAUUGGCCUUAUCCUAUGGCUGGCUCUGGACACAGCCCAAAGGCCAGAGCAGCUGAUCUCCUUUGCGGGAAUCUGCAUGUUCAUCAUCAUCCUCUUUGCCUGCUCCAAACACCAUAGUGCAGUGUCCUGGAGGGCAGUGCUUUGGGGCCUAGGUCUUCAGUUCGUCUUUGGGAUCUUGGUCAUCAGAACGGAUCCUGGAUUUAAUGCAUUUCAGUGGCUGGGAGAACAGGUUCAGAUUUUCCUCAGCUAUACAGUGGCUGGCUCCAGUUUUGUUUUUGGGGAUGUUCUGGUCAAAGAUGUCUUCGCCUUUCAGGCCUUACCCAUCAUCCUUUUCUUUGGAUGUGUGAUGUCCAUCCUUUACUACCUGGGCCUUGUGCAGUGGGUUGUUCAGAAGAUUGCUUGGUUUUUGCAAAUCACCAUGGGCACCACUGCCACAGAGACCCUGGCUGUGGCAGGAAACAUCUUUGUGGGUAUGACGGAGGCACCUCUGCUUAUCCGUCCAUACCUUGCAGACAUGACGCUCUCUGAAAUCCACGCAGUGAUGACUGGAGGGUUUGCCACCAUUUCAGGCACUGUGUUGGGAGCCUUCAUAUCCUUUGGGAUUGAUGCAUCAUCCUUGAUUUCUGCCUCCGUGAUGGCUGCCCCUUCUGCUCUUGCUUUGUCAAAGCUGGUAUAUCCGGAAGUGGAAGAGUCCAAGUUCAAGAAUAAGGAGGGGGUAAAAUUGCCCCGUGGGAAGGAGAAGAAUGUCCUGGAAGCUGCCAGCAAUGGAGCCACAGAUGCCGUAGGCCUUGCUACUAACGUAGCAGCCAACCUGAUUGCCUUUUUGGCCGUGUUGGCCUUCAUCAAUGCUGCCCUCUCCUGGCUAGGGGAAAUGGUAAACAUACAGGGACUCACUUUUCAGGUCAUCUGCUCCUAUGUCUUAAGGCCCAUGGUUUUCAUGAUGGGUGUCGAGUGGGCAGACUGUCCAAUGGUGGCUGAGAUGGUGGGGAUGAAAUUCUUCACGAAUGAGUUUGUGGCCUAUCAGCAACUGUCUCAGUACAAAAACAAGCGUCUCUCUGGAGUGGAGGAGUGGAUCGAAGGCAAGAAGCAGUGGAUUUCUGUGAGAGCUGAAAUCAUUACAACGUUUUCACUCUGUGGAUUUGCCAAUCUUAGUUCCAUAGGAAUCACACUGGGAGGCUUGACAUCAAUGGUACCCCACCGGAAGAGUGACUUGUCCAAGGUUGUGGUCAGUGCCCUCUUCACAGGGGCCUGUGUAUCCCUUAUCAGUGCCUGUGUGGCAGGAAUCCUCUAUGUCCCCAGGGGAGCAGAAACUGACUGUGUCUCCUUCCUAAACACGAGUUUCACCAACCGAACCUAUGAGACCUAUGUGUGCUGCAGAGAGCUCUUUCAGAGUACUUCUCUGAAUGGGACCUACAACCCUCCUUCUUUUUCUGGUCCCUGGGAAGAUAAAGAAUUCAGUCCUAUUGCACUUUAUAACUGCUGUGGUCUCUACACCAGUGCUGUCUGUGUCUAAAGCUGGUUCAUUUCCAUAAAAGUCCUAAUCUGGAUGGCUUUUUGAUGGCAAAGGUAUUUAUGUACUCAGAGUUCUCAUCCUAUAACUAAUGCACUUUGAUCUUUAACAGUAAACAUAAAAUUUUCAUUUUGGUUCACUAUAUGUCAGUAAUGAAAACUAGCACUCAUUUUUCCAUUAUUUGGCUGAACCAAAUAAGAAAUUUCUUAUGGGCUCUGUUUGAGCUUAGAGUCAAAAUAAUAAAUAUUACCACAUCAAAAAAUCUCUUACAAACCUUGCUUCUAGUUGCCAUCUUAAGAAUUAUAUGAUGUAGUAUGCUAUAAAUGUGAUUUGGUAUGUAAUGUGUACUGAGGUAAAAAAGCUGUAUUUCUUGAAAUUCUAUGGAUGAGCUGGGUUUAUGAUACUAAAGGUAUACAUGAAAAUUAUAUGAGUAUUGAAUGAUAAGAUUUUUCUGGUUGUCACACAUUUGUAAACCUGAAAACUCCUUAAAAUCAUUACAUACUAAUAUUUCCUGUAUGCAGACUUAUAAGGAAUGUCUGUUUCUUAGAGGCCCUUGUUUUAUUUUAGUAUUCUGCUUUAGUGCCGUUUUGCUUCAAGUUUACUGACUCUUCUGAAAUGAUGGUUUUCGGGGGAGAUGACACUUUUUCCUCCCAGAGGACAUGAGUCAAUGUCUUGAGGUAUAAUUAAUGUCACAGCUUGGGGGAUGCUACUGAUGUCUUCGAUUGAGUAGAGGCCAGAAAUGCUGCUAAACAUUCUAGUGUGCACGGCCAGCCUCCACCACAAAGAAUUCUCUGGCCCCAAAUGUCAACAGUGCUCAAGUUGAGACACUCCGACUUAGAAUAUUUCUCAUAUCUAAUAUUAUUUAUAAUAUUAUAACCUUAAGGAAGAGUUUCAAAAGAAUGUAGGAGCUCCUCAAAGAGUUAUAAAAUAACCAUAUGGCCCCACAAUUCUAUUCCUUGGUAUACCCAAAAGAACAGAACACGGGUGUUGAAACAAGUACGUGUACAUGCAUGCCCAUAGUAGCACUAUUCACAAUAGUCAAAAGGUGGAAACAGUCCAAAUGUCUAUCAGUAGCUGAAUGGAUAAAAAAAUAGUGUUAUGCACAUACAAUGGAAUUUUAUUCAGUCAUAAAAAUCAUGAAGUACUGAUAUAGCCUACAUGGACGGACCUAGAAAACAUUAUGCUAAGACAAAGAAGCCAGACACAAAGGCUUAUUAUUAUGUGAUUCUAUUUUGUAUGAUUCCCUUUAUAUGAAAUAUUCAGCAUAGAUAGAUCCAUGGAGACAGAAAACAGAUUGGUGCUUGCCAAGGGGAGGUGUUGGGGAGGAGGAGUAGGGAGUUACUGCUUAAUGAGUAUGCGGUUUUACUGUGGAAUGAUGGAAAUGUUUUGGAACUAGAUAGAAAUGGUGGUUACACAACAUUGUGAAUGUACUAAAUGUCACUGGUUUGUUCACUUUCAAAUGUAUAAUUUUAUGUUAUGUGAAUUUCCCCUCAAUAAAUUAU